UUGAUACUUUAGAUCUGGGCACUGCCAGUCUAAAUUGCAGGAGACGAUGUUUCUUCCUCUCCUUUCCUCCGUUCCUUCCCCACGAGCAAAGCUCCUCAUUCCAUUAGUGGUAUGGAUGGCACUUCAGCUCCUCGCGGCUGCUGUUACCGCUGCUGCCCCAGUGGCGUUGCCUGGCUGCCCGGAGGCCUGCGGCAGCGUCACCGUCCCCUACCCCUUCGGCUUCCGGAAAGGCUGCUUCCACGCAGGCUUCAACCUCACCUGCGACGAGACGCACCAUCCGCCGAAGCUGUUCCUGGGCGACGGCGUGGAGGUGGACGAGAUCUCCCUGGCCGGCGGCACGGUGCGUGUCCAGAGCAGGAUCUCGACCUUUUCGGGCUCUACUUACAGGAACCUAACCGCCCAAACAGCGGACAGAGGCAGCCCCCUCGCCGUGUCCACCGAGCACAACGUCUUCGCGGCCGUCGGCUGCAACUUCAUCGCAUAUCUCGCUGCCAAUCCGGGAGGUUCCGAGUACGUGAGCGCAUGCGCCGCGCUGUGUGACAACAGUUUCCCGGCACCCGAGGACACCUCAUGCUCCGGCAUCGGCUGCUGCCGGACGUCCAUCGCGCAAGGUUUGCCGGUGUACGGGGUGAAGUUCAAGGAUUUGGACCAGACAGAUGAUAGUCCGUAUACACGCAAUGUGUCGGGCGGCGCGUUCAUAGUCGACCGCGAGUGGUUCAACGGGGUUAACGUAGGCGCCCUACAGAAUAACACAUUCCAUCAGUUUGGUAGCUAUGUCUAUGGAUCUCAUGGGCAUCAACAGCAUAACACGACCAGUCCCAACGUGAUAACCAGCGUGCCGACCGUGCUGGAAUGGUGGCUGGAUUUGCAGAGCGAUCGUGACUUGCUCGUGUUGAAUCCCGGUUCUGGUUCUGCUUUGAGAUGCGUAAGCAUAAAAAGCUCCGCUGCUCCUCUUGAAUCGGACGACUCCAAAGUAAGGUGCAACUGCUCCAAUGGAUACGAAGGCAACCCUUACGUCACCAAUGGAUGCCAAGAUAUCGACGAGUGCCUACAGCCAGAUGUUUAUCAAUGCCUGCACGGAACCUGCAUCAAUAUGCCAGGGACAUACCGAUGCUCAGCAAAGAAAAGUAUCAUCAGCCUCCCAGGUUUAAUCACCGUAAUUGCAAUUAGUGCUGGUCUGGGCCUAUUGUUGUCACUUCUUGGUGUUUCCAAAAUCACCAAUAAACUCAAACAAAGAAGAGCUAAGAAGUUGAGACGAAAGUUCUUCAAGAAAAACCAUGGGCUGCUCCUGCAACAGAUAAUCUCUUCAAACAAAGAUGUAGCCGAAAGAACGAGAAUUUUCAGCUUGGAAGAGCUAGAUCAAGCAACCAACAAAUUUGACCAUAAUCACAUACUUGGUGGGGGUGGCCACGGCAUGGUGUAUAAAGGCAUUUUAUCUGAUCAACAUGUUGUGGCCAUCAAGAAGGCUAAAAUUGCCGUUCAAAGGGAAAUUGACCAGUUCAUAAAUGAGGUUGUCAUACUUUCACAAACCAACCACAGAAACGUGGUAAAGCUCUUUGGCUGCUGUCUCGAGACAGAAGUUCCUCUACUAGUUUAUGAGUUUGUAUCAAAUGGUACUCUCUCAUUUUAUCUCCAUGGCCAGGGAGAGAACCCUUUGUCAUGGAAAGACAGGUUAAGAAUCGCUUUGGAAACUGCAAGGGCUAUUGCAUAUCUACACUCUGCUGCUUCCAUAUCAGUAUACCAUAGAGAUACCAAAUGUGCAAACAUACUGCUUACUGAUACCUUAGCAGCAAAAGUAUCAGACUUUGGAGCUUCAAGGUCUAUCGCAAUAGAUGAGACUGGAAUACUUACAGCUGUCCAAGGAACCUAUGGUUACCUUGAUCCAGAAUACUACUACACUAGUCGGCUCACCGAGAAGAGUGAUGUUUACAGCUAUGGUGUCAUCCUAGCAGAGCUACUGACAAGGCUAACACCAGUUUUUUCUUCUCAUUCAUCAGAAGUUACAAGCCUAGCAUCACAUUUUGUAUCACUAAUAAGGGAAAAUCGCUUGUCAGAUAUUUUAGAUACGCAAAUUGUGGAUGAGGGAGGAGCUGAUGAUGCUGAGGCGGUUGCAAGACUCGCGGAAGCAUGCUUAAGUUUAAGAGGUGAAGAAAGGCUGACAAUGAGGCAAGUGGAGACAACACUUGAAGAUGUGCUGAACUCAAAGGUUAAUCUCAGUUCUCAGAUUACAAGGGUGAACCAGAAUGCUUCAAAUGAUCAUUCAUACAAGGGAACCAACGCUGGCGAAGGAACUAGAUUGUACAGCUUGGAAAAGGAGUUCAUCCAGUCAUCUGAAAUUCCAAGAUGAUUUUACUUACAUGGUGAAGUACCGGUGGUUAACGUUAUUAGUUUGUGUGUAUUUCCUGUGCUAAAAGGUCAUGUAGAACCAAAUAUGUUAAAGUAAAU